AUGGAGGCCUCACUCCCCAUGCUGGCGUGUCCUGUGCCCGUGCAGAGUUCCAAGCCCAAGCUCCAAGCAGCAUGCUCCAGCAUCCAGGAGGUCCGGCGAUGUACACGCCUUGAGAUGCCCGACAACCUCCACACCUUUGUGCUGAAGGUGAAGGACCGGACAGACAUCAUCUUUGAGGUGGGAGACGAGCAGCAGCUGAGUUCAUGGAUGGCUGAGUUCCGGGAAUGCACAGGCCAGGGCCUGGAGAGCACAGACCCAGAGAUGCACAUUCCCUCGGCCCCAGAGCCCAGCCAGUCCAGCUCCCCCAGGGGAAGCACAGACUCCCUGAAUCAAGGUGCUUCUCCUGGGGGGUUGCUGGACCCAGCCUGCCAGAAAACAGAUCAUUUCCUGUCCUGCUACCCCUGGUUCCACGGCCCCAUCUCUCGUGUGAAGGCAGCUCAGCUGGUGCAACUGCAGGGCCCUGACGCUCACGGAGUGUUCCUGGUGCGGCAGAGUGAGACACGGCGUGGGGAGUACGUGCUCACGUUCAACUUCCAAGGCAUAGCCAAGCACCUACGCCUGUCGCUGACGGAGCGGGGCCAGUGUCGAGUACAGCACCUCCACUUCCCCUCGGUCAUGGACAUGCUCCACCACUUCCAGCGUUCACCCAUCCCCCUCGAGUGUGGAGCUGCCUGUGAUGUCCGGCUGUCUAGCUAUGUGGUCGUUGUCUCCCAGCCACCAGGUUCCUCCAACACUGUCCUGUUCCCCUUCUCCCUCUCUCGCUGGGACUCAGAGCUGGGCCUUCCCCACCUCAGCUCUUCUGGCUGUCCACGGGGGCUCGGCCCGGAGGGUCUCCCAGGCCGGUCCUCUCCCCCAGAGCAGAUCUUCCACCUGGUGCCUUCGCCCGAGGAACUGGCCAACAGCUUGCGGCACCUGGAGCCUGAGCCUGCCAGCCGAGCCCGGGACUCUGACUACGAAAUGGACUCCUCUUCCCGGAGCCACCUACGGGCCAUAGACAAUCAGUACACGCCUCUCUGACAGGCGGUGGACCCAGGCCACCCGGAUGCCCUGGAGGAGCACAGCAAGCAGACAGGAACUGGUGAAUGUAACUUUCCUUCCUUUCAGAGAGAGUUAAGGGACAUGUUAACUGCUCCUUCCAGUUUGGAUGUGACCCUGCUAUUAGGCCUGUUAAAGGGCCUCCUGUAAGUUCCCUCUGGCUUUCUCCUUGUUGUUUACAGAUGUGGUUCUUGUUCGCAGAUGCCUCAAGCUCCUGCCCUGGUCCCCAGGACCAUCCCCACCACUCUUAGAGGCGGUAGGGUCAGGGCCAGACUGGCAGUGGAAACCUGUUCUCUUUUUCACUGACACUGUCGCAGCUGAUGACAGACUUUCUACUGGGGGUGGGGGGGCAUCAGGAAGCCCAAAACACUAACAAGCCCUGGAUUCCCUGUGGUUUUCCCAUGUAGCUUCAGUCCACGGGGCAGCUCUGCGGCGCCCACACCUGUCCUGCUUCGACACUCUGCCUUAGACAAAGCUCUGACAGAUGGACAGGCUAAAGUCAAAAAUGAUUUAAACAUUUUACCUCAAAGGA